CUUACCACUCGGGGGUCACUGCUAAUUUUGUUUUAUACUAUGGAAUGACUUAGCGACAAUGGAAUUGACUCACGGAAAGAAAGACCACCCAGAAGCUCCGGCUUCCCAGCUGAUACUUUAUUUAAGAAGUAGACCAGAAGAGUGCAAGGAACACGCUCGUAAACUGAUCAGGUUCUUGAAGUCUACUGUUCAAUUGAGCGAGCAUUGAACACUUACGGGAAGAACCUAUCAAAGACAGAAGUCAGGAAGCAUGGGAAUUUCAGAUAUCUAAUGAAUUUUGGGAACUGCUAUAAUACAAUGUUGUUAACUGAAGAUUCAUAGUGCUUGCAGAGAAUCGACAUAAAUUUAAGUCUUUUAUUUUAUUUAUUUAUUUUUAUUGGAGAAUUUAACAAUCUAUACAGUUGCAACAUUCAUUGGUUGAACUUGGCGCCAUAUAACUAGAAGAUGCUGCUAUUCAUGGGAUAACAGCAUUUAGAAUUUAAUCGUUCAACAUAAUUUGUAUGCUUCCCCUGUGGGCUGUAAUGUCUUUUAACGGGCUUUAUAACGGAUGUACUGCUCUUAAUGGGCUUGAAACUGCAGCCAAUCGUGCAGAGCGGAGGUCUUAUAAAGACGUGUUUGGACUUUCUUUUAUGUUUUCUCCGUCUCUAUAUAAUGAAACAGAGCCUCCUUUUCUGCACCAGCAAGGAGAAAGAUUUCACAUCGCAUUCCACAUUUCUCUAACCGAAAUAGGUUGUAUUUUCCUUAGUAAAUACUGGAAAAUUGCCGAUAGGAUAGAAAAAAAAAAAAAAAAAGAAAAAAAAAAAAAAAGCCAAGCGCCCUCCGAGAUGGAGCAUAUUAGAACUCCAUUUAGAGGAAUUAUAAGCGAUGUUAGAGCAAGAACACCUUAUUAUAAACAAGAUUGGAUUGGUGGCAUUCGUUCAGGACUCGGGAUAUUAGCACCAACAACUUAUAUCUUCUUUGCUUCUGCCCUUCCUGUUAUUGCUUUUGGCGAGCAACUCAGUAGAGACACAGAUGGAAGCUUAAGCACAGUAGAAACAUUGGCCUCUACUGCUCUUUGUGGUAUAAUACACGCGAUACUUGGUGGGCAACCUCUUUUAAUUUUAGGAGUUGCAGAACCAACUGUAAUUAUGUACACCUACUUGUACAAUUUUGCCAAAGGAAGAGAGGACUUGGGACAGAAACUUUUCUUGGCUUGGGCUGGAUGGGUAUGCGUUUGGACAUCCAUUUUGCUGCUUCUUCUUGCAACAUUCAAUGCUUGCACUGUAAUAAAUAGAUUUACAAGAAUUGCAGGUGAACUCUUUGGCAUGUUGAUUGCUGUUCUAUUCAUGCAAGAGGCUAUUAAAGGAAUGGUCAGUGAGUUCAAAAUUCCCAAAGAUCAAGAUCCAACAUUAGAGAAGUAUCAAUUUCAAUGGCUUUAUGCUAAUGGAUUGUUGGGUAUAAUUUUCACUUUUGGCCUUGUUUAUACUGCCUUAAAAUCCAGAAAGGCAAGAUCAUGGUGGUAUGGAACAGGGUGGUUGAGAAGUUUCAUUGCAGACUAUGGAGUUCCUUUAAUGGUUGUGGUAUGGACAUCACUUUCAUUUAGCACACCAAGCAAAGUUCCCUCUGGAGUCCCUAGAAGGCUCUUUAGUCCUCUUCCAUGGGAGUCUGCAUCCUUAAGGCACUGGACUGUAAUUGAGGAUAUGGGAAAUGUUCCUCCAGCAUACAUCUUUGCAGCCUUUAUUCCUGCUCUGAUGAUAGCAGGACUUUACUUUUUCGACCACAGUGUAGCUUCGCAGCUUGCACAACAAAAGGAGUUCAAUCUUAAAAAUCCUUCUGCAUACCAUUAUGACAUUUUAUUGCUAGGAUUUCUGACUUUGCUUUGUGGAUUGCUUGGACUACCUCCUUCUAAUGGAGUUCUACCCCAGUCACCGAUGCACACAAAGAGCCUUGCUGUCCUAAAGAGACAGUUGAUUCGGAGGAAAAUGGUUGAAAGUGCUAAAGAAAGCAUCAAACAAAAAGCUAGCAACUCGGAAAUAUAUGGCAAGAUGCAAGCUGUAUUCAUAGAAAUGGACAGUAGUCCAGCUAUUGCAGUAGCUAAAGAGCUGGAAGACUUGAAGGAGGCAGUGAUGAAAGGGGAAGACAAGGAAGAAAAUCCCAAAGAUGCAUUUGAUCCUGAGAAGCAUAUUGAUGCUUACUUGCCUGUUAGAGUUAAUGAACAAAGAGUGAGCAAUCUUUUGCAGUCGCUUCUGAUAGCAGGAUCAGUAUGCGCUAUGCCUGCAAUAAAGCUAAUACCUACAUCAGUUCUCUGGGGAUACUUUGCGUACAUGGCUAUUGACAGUUUACCUGGAAAUCAGUUCUGGGAAAGAAUACUACUUCUUUUCGUCAUGCCUGGAAGGCGCUACAAGGUGUUGGAAAGAGUUCAUGCUUCAUUUCUUGAAUCAGUUCCAUUCAAGUACACUGCUAUUUUUACACUCAUACAGUUGGUGUAUUUCCUGGUCUGUUUUGGUGUUACAUGGGUUCCAAUAGCUGGAGUUCUGUUUCCAUUGCGCUUCUUUAUUCUGAUUUGGAAGCAGCACAUAUUUCCUAAACUAUUUAGUCAUCAUUUACGAGAACUAGGUGCAGCUGAAUAUGAGGAAAUUACCAGAGCUCCACGAUUAUCUUUCAGCCUUUCUUUGAGAGAAAAUGAAGCAACUGGUUUAGGAAAUGAGGAAGGGAAAAUCCAAGUGUUUGAUGCGGAAAUGUUAGAUGAGCUAACUACUAGCAGAGGGGAGUUCAAAGUUAGAACUGUAAGCUUCCAUGAAGAAAAUCGCAGUCAGAUUUAUCCUGAGGGAAUUACUGAAGAAGAGUAAAACAAAACAGAAAAGAUUUUGUAGCUGCUAAGAAAAGAUGAUAUUGUAAUUUGUACAGAACCAUUUUGAACUUUUCUUUUCUUUUCCAAUUUUUAGAAUUAUUGCUGAUAUGUGACGGUUUGGUAUUCCUCAUUAGUAGUUGUAGAUGUAAUGACAAAGGCAAGCAACUACGAAAUGAUAAAAAAUGUAAAAUUACAUUGAAAAUUGAUUUCUCCUCUUUCCUCUCG